AUGAGUCCCCUGUCAUGGCUUCUUCCUAGCGGAAAGAUCACGCUUCAUCACUCACAGAAUAACCAGCUUCUACUGACAAAGAAGGCUAGCAGCGAGGAUGGUAAAGAGACGCAGGUGACGCUGGCGGAGUUAUGCCGCCUAGCCACGCCUUCAACCUGCCAGCUCAACCCACUCCUCUUCAACGGACACCUGCAGACCGCCUGGACGACCGUCAAGAACAUCGACAUCCCCAUUUACUACAAGCGGAAGAUUUUUGAGGCCGAAAAUGCCUACUAUAGUGGCCAAUUCGCCAUCGACUUCGUAGUGCCCCCUUACGAGACCCCCACCAGUGAUGAGGCAACAGAUAAGGAUAGGAUUUUCACCCUCCCAUCCGGGCUGCCGGCGCGUACAUCUUUCUUCACGGCGGAGGAAUUUGCUGCCUUGCCUUCGGACGAUAAUAGGCCUAUGCUUAUAGCGUUGCAUGGUUUGACGGGUGGCUCCUAUGAGCUCUAUCUGCGGCAUGCGCUCGCUCCUCUUGUGCUGGGGGAUGGCGGCUGGGAAGCUUGCGUCCUCAAUGCUAGAGGCUGCGCGCAGACCAAGAUUUCCAGUGGCGUCUUGUUCAAUGCGCGCGCAACGUGGGAUCUCCGUCAGGCCGUGAGGUGGCUGCGCAAGACGUUCCCGAAUCGUCCGCUCUUCGGCAUUGGAUUCUCACUCGGAGCGAAUAUCCUGACGAAUUAUCUCGGAGAGGAAGGCGAGAACUGUCAACUCAAAGCGGCCGUAAUCUGCGCGAACCCUUGGAACCUCGAACUUACCAGCCAUGCCUUGCAACAAUCAUGGCUGGGCCUAGAAGUCUAUUCCAAAACGAUGGGCGCAAACCUGAAAAGGCUAUUCAAUCAGCACGCCGAAGAGGUAUCGAAAAAUGCACGUCUGGACGUCGAAGCUGUGCAGAAGGUCAAAUAUAUUCAUGAGUUUGACAGCUGGGGCUAUCCAACUGAGGGAGCCUACUACCGGGACGCAUCUUCCGUGGAUUCUUUGUUAGCGAUCCGGGUUCCAUUCCUUGCAAUCAAUGCCGAAGACGAUCCUAUCUCCGUCAAAGAAGCCAUACCGUAUAAUGAGUUCGCCCAAACUCCAUACGGAGUGUUGUUAACUACCUCCUGGGGCGGUCAUCUCGGCUGGUUCGAGAUUGGAGGAUCCCGAUGGUUUACGAAGCCGGCGGCAAACUUCCUGAAUCUGAUGGCCAAGGAGAUCGACCUUAACGCUCCCUUUGUCCCAGAGAACAAAGAGAUGCUGUACGGUCGACCAGUCGCCAAUGGCAGCGCGAACAAAGACGUGGACAAGUCGCCGAAGCCUGAAUUCGACCCCAUGCGUCGCAAGAUGUAUAUGAGCAUGGAUUAG